AUAGAAACGGGUGCAUAGAUUUCAAUAAAAUAGAGUUUUUACAAGCAAUUCACCGCUUUAGAAUAAUAACAUUUAAGCACAGCAUAAUUAUAAGCGUAUAGAGGAAAUCAGGCCUUAUUCCAUUUAAUCCAGAGAUUGUUAUCUCACAAAUACGGCUUCCUUCACCUGACCGACCGGCAACACCUGCACCUGCACCAGCAGCAUCAGGAGUGCCUACAACGCCGCCUAUUUUGACACCAAGCAAUGCUAGGAUGCUUGCUAAGAUAGCCAACUGUCUGGCAUACAAAUCUGAUAAUAAGAUGCAUAAGAUAUACUACUACAAGUACAUGCGCGGAUCUAUAGCAAUUGAACAUGCUAGCGACGCCGCACAUCGUGAUUUGGAGCGCCAAACAGCUGCUGCUAGGAAGAGAGAAGACAACAAGAAGGACUCUUGGAUAUCACUUCAGACGGGGGGGGGGGGUGAAUUGACUAAGCUACGUGAUGCUCGUGACAAGCUGGAGAGGCUAGAAAAGAGGGCAUCUAAUAAGAUUAAGAGGCAGCAAUUAGCUAAGGAUGUAGCCGCUCGGAAGGCUGUACGUGAAUACAACAAGGCGCACGGGAUUGUAGUGCCUAGGGGGCCUAGGAGGGCUGUAGAAUAGUGAAUGUAUAUUAUCAUAAUUCGUUGAGGUGGCCGGUGCACUAAAAUGGCGGCCACCUAACUAGUUAGGUGGAAGUGGGGCAAAU